CCAUUGAAGAAAGACAAGCCUAUCUGAAAGAGCAUCACAUCUGCUACAGAUGCUGUGGCUCUGUCCAACACAUUGCAAAAAACUGUAAAGCAGUGGUUAAGUGUAUCGAGUGUGACAGCCUUAAACACUUAUCUGCAAUGCAUCGUGGUCCUACUCCUACCCCUGAGAGUACUACACCAGGAAACAACGACAAUGAAGAGCAAACUGAGAGCUCACCUUCAGUCGAGUCGAAGUGCACAGAGGUAUGUGGCCAAAGUGAUAGCCCACGUUCAUGUUCUAAGAUCAGUUUAGUCAAAGUGUAUCCCGCAGGCCAUAAAGAGAGAGCUAUAAAAAUGUAUGCAGUAAUAGAUGAUCAGUCCAACAGGUCACUGGCUAAGUCAGAUUUUUUCAGCCUUUUCAAAAUCAAUGCCAGACCCACUCCAUACACCUUAAAGACUUGCUCUGGCAGAGAACAAACCUCAGACAAUAGAUCUGAAAUACCCUCUCCAGAGAUUGCCCAGCAUCACCCACAUCUUCUUCCAGUCGCAGAUAACAUCCCACCUGUUGACCACCACGCCCCAAUCCUUUUACUCCUAGGACGAGACGUCAUCAGGGUCCAUAAGGUACGUGAGCAAAUCAACGGACCCAACAAUGCACCAUACGCCCAAAAGCUAGACCUGGGUUGGGUUAUUGUGGGGGAGGUGUGUUUAGGAAAAGCGCACAGUCAGUCAGAGGUCAAUGUCUACAAAACACACACCUUAGAUAAUGGACGUGCAUCCUAUUUUGAGCCUUGCCCAAACACAAUUCACGUUAAAGAGAAUUAUGGGGUCACUAUGAAUGCUACCUGCGUCACAGACGAUUUGGGAGACUUUGUGUUUGUUAGAUCUGAGGGUGAUAACAAACAAGCCAUGUCUAUUGACGACAAAGCAUUCCUGACAAUAAUGGACAAUGAAGUUUAUCAAAACCAAGAGAACAGCUGGGUUGCACCUUUACCCUUUCGCUCACCGAGAAGGAGGCUCCCUGACAACAGAGAACAAGCCUUAAAACACCUCUGCUCUCUCCGAAAGACUUUGGAAAAGAAACCAGAAACAAAAGAUUACUACAUCCAACAGAGAAUGUUGGAUAACAAUCAAGCUGACCAAGCCACUCGGUUCAUUCCAGCAGCAGACCUGCAGAACAGUACCUGGUUCUCAGGUCCAUCCUUUCUGUACUCUGACACACACACAGAACCACACACUGGUCCUUUCACGCUCAUCGAACCUGAAAAAGACAGAGAGAUACGUCCAGAAAUAAAGGUCAUGAAAACUACUGUAGCAGAGCCACAGUUAGGUUCGAAGCGUUUCAAAAAGUACUCAAACUGGACCACUCUUUGCAGAGUCAUAGCCAGACUCAUUCAUGUAGUUACUUCCUUUGCACAAAAGACAAGUGGACAAAGGGGAUGGAAAAGCUUCAGUGAGACACCAAAUGUCCAAGAACCCACCCGAGCCAAAGUAGUCAUCAUUCGGGCUGUCCAACAAGAAGCUUACAAAGGGACACUUGAAAACAUUAAAGAAGGAAAGAAGGACAGUGGCAUAUUUGACGCACUCAAAAAGCUCAAUCCUGUAGUGGACAAGGACAGUCUCUUACGAGUCGGUGGACGUCUUUCCACUGCCGAUCUCACAGAAAAUGAAAAGCACCCUCUGAUUAUCCCAUCUACCAGCCACAUCGCCAUACUACUUGUAACUCACUAUCAUGAACAAGUAGCUCAUCAAGGAAGACACAUAACUGAAGGAGCUAUCCGUGGUGCUGGGUACUGGAUAAUUGGAGGGAAGCGGCUCGUGUCAUCUGUCAUUCAUAGGUGUGUCACAUGUCGCAAGUUGCGAGACAAAAUGCAGAUCCAGAAAAUGGCAGACUUGCCCGCAGACCGAGUCACCCCUGAACCACCCUUUACCACUGUAGGCCUAGAUGUGUUUGGGCCAUGGACAAUUGUGACGCGUCGUACAAGAGGUGGUUGUUCCCAGAACAAACGUUGGGCUGUGUUAUUCACAUGCAUGUCAACUAGAGCUGUCCAUAUCGAACUGAUAGAGACUAUGUCUGCUGACAGUUUUAUCAAUGCAUUAAGAAGGCUCUUCUCUAUUCGGGGCCCAGCCAAGUUUCUGCGCUCAGACAGAGGCACCAAUUUUGUGGGCGCUUGUAAGGAAUUAGGGCUAAACUCAGGAAACAAAGCAGUAGGGAAGUACCUGCAAGGGAAAGGGUGUGUUUGGACAUUCAACCCCCCUCAUGCGUCUCACAUGGGAGGCUCGUGGGAGCGCCUUAUAGGGGUAGCCAGGCGCAUUCCGGAUGCAAUGUUGUUACGAACUGAACAAACACGUCUUACUCAUGAAGUGUUGUGCACCUUCAUGGCCGAGGUGAUGGCAAUUAUUGAUGCAAGGCCUCUUGUCCCCAUAUCCACUGACCCUGACAGUCCUGCAGUACUCAGUCCAGGAAUGUUACUAACGCAGAAGAUGAGUGCUGUGUCUGCUCCACUCGGGAACUUUUCAUCAGGGCAGUUGUUUGGGAGACAAUGGAAACAUGUUCAACACCUUGCUGAUACCUUUUGGAAAAGGUGGAAAGGAGAAUAUUUGUCCACCUUACAAAGUCGUGCAAAAUGGAUAGAGACUAGACCUAAUGUCAAAGAAGGAGAUGUGGUCCUGCUGAAGGACUCCCAAGCCAGCAGGAAUGAAUGGCCCAUGGGACUAGUGGUAAAAACAUUCCCCAGCAGCGACAAGAAGGUCCGAAAAGUGGAAGUGCUGACUGUAAAAGAUGGGACUGUUAAAAUGUUUCUCAGACCAGUUUCAGAGAUUGUUGUUUUGCUUGCAGAGACUGAAUGAAUAUUCUUCGAUGCUAAAUGAUGUUUGAAUAUGUUGUAUUGAUGUUUAUAGUGAUAUAAUGUGUUAUAUCAAGCGGGGAGUGUUAUGCCUUUUGGUCAAAAGUCAGUAGUUAGUGCAUAGUCUGACUAAGUUACGUAAGCAAGGUGAUAAAUAAGUUCAAAGUUAAGAAAUAUUAUGUGAUUAAUGCUAAAAACAGUUAAAAUGUGUGGGUUUGAAAUUUGCUCAGAGUGAGACGUCUUAGUCGCAAGCUAUCUUUGUAUUGUAUGUGCGGAAAUGGGAGCGAGGGAGCGCUCUGAUCAUUAACCUAUCUUUGACGUUUUUUCUCUGUGAACGCUGUGAAAAGUGCUUCGGCAGUAUUAAAAGAGUGAAUAAGUUCAUGUACACGCUAUAAGUGCCCUACACGCUUGUACCUUGGGAAACGUUCGUCUUUGUAAGUAUUAAUGUGUUCAGAAAUAACUUUUAUAUGUGUUUACCUGGAGUUAACUGUGAUGCUAAUGUAACGCACGUGUUAAGCUAGGCUAAUCAUUAAGUUGUCAUUAAGAUGUGUAUUAGCUAGCAAUUUAUUUUCAUAUUCUGUAUAUUUCAGUUACAAAUAAGAAAUAGAAAGGAGAAGCCUUGAGAGAGGAUAAGGCUUCAAAAGAUCUUCAUUAAAAGCAAGAAAAGCAAGCCUUGUGUGGAAGAUCUCAUCUAUUUUGUUCGCUGGCUGUCUAGCUUCACAUGGUCACGUGUCGUGAGGGCAGCACAAUGCUC